AUGGGCAACCAACAGUCGAGCAUGCCCGAUACGCGCCCUCAGGCCGUGAGGGGUCCCCAGGCAGACUUCCUGGCGGACACUGUUGCUGGCACGGGAGAGUACGACGAGUUUGAAAGUAUUGCGAAACCCGAGGCUCCCGACUCUACUGAUUGGCCUUCUACGGCGCCGUCAGCUCUGCCUCCGGCGAUCGACGACUUCCACGACGGCCUUCCGCGCCUUCCUGCCGAAGCGGAGCCACACUCUGGGAGGAGGAUAAGCGGCGACGACCACGUCAAGCCCGCGCCGCCAAGCUCGCCUGAGCAAGUGAGGGCUUCAGACCAAUUGUCGCCAACUCUCAACGGAGUCAAUGGCACGAAGUCGAGGAAAGGGAAGAAAGCGAAGCGCAAGCGCGAGAGAAAUUCGAACAGCCUGUUUACCCAGUCAGACGAGGGACAAAAGAUAGCUGAGGCGCAGCAGCUCUCUCCUGAGCUUCCGGAGCUUCAAAAGGAGGACAUCAAGGCCGAGGAGACCACCACCAAGACAUCGCGAAGGAAGAGGAGGAGGAAGGAUGCAGGGCCCGAAUCCCAGCAAGGCUCUAUCGGCUCCCUUGAGGUCCAGUCUCCGACUGCACAGAUCGAGCUGGAGAGCGAGGGUAUCAAGUUCGACGUUGACGAGUCCACUACGCUUCCCAAUCCUACGACGGAGGAGCACAACCCGACGAAGCGCCGAAAGAAGAGAAGGAACUCCGUGGCCAGCAAGCGCAAUGUGGGUGUGCAGGACGAGGUGGUGGAGGAAGGCCAUGAAUGGCAUGCGACCAAGCCGGCGCCGCCUACAGCGUCUGCUGAGCCGGCUUCACAAGAGGCCUCGUAUGAGAGUGGCUUGAAUGGCCAGCAAGAUCCGGCCCAGAUGGAAAUCGAUGACCCUUUGCUUGAAGAUGCUUCAUCCUCCAGGCCAAUUGCUACGCAGGACAUUGAUGACGGGUCCAUUUCACAUGUGAAAGAGGAUGCAGUGAACGGCGAGCAAAGGGACGAUCACAUCGAGGCCACUGAAAAUGACCAAAAUGGAGUUCCCGCAACAACAAGCCAGAGUCAUGCGAGCGACAACGAAGCUGCCAUUGAUGGCACACCUCGAAUGGAUUUUGGCUUUGAGCCUUUUGGCCCGGAGCCGACCUAUGACACCGAUCAGGACUACUCUGGCCUGCCCUCCCGUCAAAGUCCGGCCUUUCCAGCAGGAGAGGUUUCCAGAGCCAAGGGCCAAGCCUCAGAUGAUCUUGGCACCUACGGGGCGCGUUCUGAUUCUGAGCAUUCAGAGCAGGAGAGCCAGGCAGUUGAAGAUGCUGCCUCAAACCUGGCGAGUAAUCGACAUGAAUCGUCAAAACUUCAGCGGAGUGUUGGUGUUGAAGUGGGUCAGCCAACAUUGGAGAGUGGGGACGAGCCACCUCAAGAAACAGCAAACUCAGAAGCUGGGCAAGAUGUAAAUCUGCAGUCAAAUUUUGAUGAAGGGGUGUCCGACACAGACCUUGCGACCGCUCUGGAGCACAUAACCACUCCUCUCUCCAAGUCGGCUGAACAGACUGUCGCACUGAAAUCAUCUGCAAAACAGCGGCCGAAGCCGUCAUUUUUUGACAUUUUGAAUGGGAAUGGAAACGCGACGCCAAAGACAUCCAAGCGCGCUACGUCUGCAACAAAGAAAUCAACAACCAAGAAGAACGAGCCUUUUGUAACGCCAAGUCGCCAAAACCUCGCCGCAUUUGCGCAGCUUCCGGCCAGCGAAGCCGUCGCGACGGCCAAGAAACCCCGUCCGAGACCGGUGAGGGACACGCCGGCGACGCCCAGCCGCCUGAACCGCACUGCAUUCGCGCAACUGCCUCCUGACGAAGCUGUCGCGACGGUCAAAAAGAGAGGGCGGCCCAGGAAAAGUAUCCCUGGCACGGAAGCAUACCUCCUGGCUUCAUCGCCUGCGAGGGCAAAGAUGUCGUCCCAGAUGAAGGGCGACCAGAAUGGCGAGGGCCCACGGAGCUCCGCCGGUCCUGCAACUUCCUCCAAGCAGCCGGCCUCUCAGAAGCCUGGGAUGGCUAGCGGACCAUUCACCCAAGCCGAGUUGGAUCAGAUUGCCGAGGCCAUUUCAUCGUUUAGAGAUUCCUGCGGCAUGUCACAGUUCGAGGUGAAUGAGAUGGUGCAGGAGCCUCCACAUGCACGGAGCUCCACGGGUCUGCACAAAGACCUAUGGCAACGCGUGACCGCGUCUUGUCCAAGUCGGCCCCGGCAAAAGGUGAUCAACCGGACGCGCAAGAUCUAUCACAACUUUGUGGGCCGUGGCACUUGGACACCGGAGCAAGACGAGGAGCUGAGGAGCAUGGUUGCUCAGCAUGGCACCAAAUGGUCGCUUAUUGGCGGUCUCAUCAAUCGUCAUCAGGAGGACGUACGUGAUCGAUGGAACAACUAUCUGAAGGGCGGGGAAAACCGAAAAGUCGAUUUCUGGUCCGCUGAUGAGGAGGCUGUGCUCGUUGAGCUCGCUAUCGAGAUGCUCAAGGAGAUCCAGAAAUCCCGCGGCGAGAACCCCGACAUCAUCAGCCCGACUUCCGAGGUGGACAUACCGUGGACCUACGUCAGUGAGAAGAUGGGGCGAACGCGCAAUCCGCGGCAAUGUCGGAUGAAGUGGAAACAGCUGCGCGAGGCCAACAAAAUUACCAAGCAGAACGAUGAGUUGGACUUCUCCUUGACCCAGCCCGAAGACGACGUGCCCAGUCGACUGGACAAGGCGCGUAGCGACCUACGGAAGAUGGACUUCAAGGAUAAGCUGCAACUCAUUCGGGCGAUUCGCAAGACAGAUGUGAGGAAGGACGCCGAGAUUCCCUGGUCGACAUUGGUGAACUCCAAGUAUCGUCGCCAGUGGUCCGAGGCGACGCUCAAGCUCCUCUGGGCGCGACUGCGGCAGACCUUGCCUGAGCACCAGAAGAAGUCGACGCGACGGGUGGCCGAGAAGCUCCUGCGCGAGUACGAGGAGCACAAGCAAUUCGACAACAUCCUGGACAUGGACUUUGAUGAAGAGGAAGAGAGCCGGCUCAUCGGCAGCACGACCCCGCGGCGAAAGGUGUACCGGACGCCUCGCAAGUUCUCCAGCAAGUCUGUUCGCUCGGCCGAGUUCGUGGACGAGAGCGGCACUAAGGAUGCCGAGCCCGGAGACGACGUGGAGGACGAGCAGGAGGAUGAGGCACCGACCAGCGCUCAAAAGCCGGCCGAGAGCUCCGACGACGAAGAGGAAAUUCCGGCGUCGCCGACUUCGAAUGAAGUUGUGCCCAAGCGGCGGCGGCAGCAGCAGACAGAUGAGAUGGACAUUGAUGAUGACGAGGACGAUCAUGAGGAUGGAGCCAGGACCGCAGACCGCUCCGGGAGUGUUGAUCUAGGCACCACAAACGACGAGGAAGACAUUGGCCACUACAAGGUGGGAGCCUCGUCACCUACGCCACAGUCGCGACCCCCCAAGAAGUCGGCUGCGGCAGGGGUGCGCCGCGAGAAGCGUACCGAGUCGGAGGGAUCGUCAGUUAACGCCGACUCGUUUCGGCUCAAGAGGAAGAGGCCUGGUCUGCUGUACAAAUCGCCGACUGCUACCACCGCUGCUGCUGCUGCUACUGCUGCUGAUGGCGAACGCACCAAGAAGAGGGGCAAGAAGAAGAGAAAGAAGAGAAAGUCGCUCACGAUCUCUCAGGACGAUAUUGAGGACGACAGCGAGGCGGAGAGGAGGAAGAAGGAGGCGGCGGAGAGCGAUGCGGACGACGACAUGGAGGAUAUCCCCGCGCGGCUGCCGGUCCGGAGCAGCGAGGAAGUUGAGUGA